AGAUCUUUAGCACAUCAGCCUCGACGAACCACAAAUCUGCCCUGCGCCCACCCCGAAACUCGUCGCACCCACUCCCGGGAUACGCUGCGGUCUGAUUCGAGUCGUCCUCCUCCAUCUGGCACCCACGAGACAGAUCCUGUGCUGUUUGCGACUAGGCUUCGACCUAAGGCGACUUCUGGCGAUGAAGGGCACGUAAAUGCCGUGUGAGGGCAUCAUCUUGUCUAUCCAAAAGACCCCUUACCAAACUCGAUACCCGUCCAUGCCUGGUGGAUUCGUGGUCGUCCAGCCCUUGAGGCACCGCCGUCAAAAUGCCGAGUGCCAUGCAUCCGCAGGCGAAGUUCGACCCCAUCCCGCCAGAUCUCGACCUCCAGGAUCUAGUCGACCGCGCGCCGAACUUCGACUGGGUACUUCGCAUACCACUUGUAAAGAUCCGUCGCCUGGGGUCGGCAGGGUUCGAGAAGCUUGUGCAGCUUCACGUCAUAGAGGGCGGUCGACCCCUUGUGAUUGAGGGAUGGGACAAAGUGCUCCCCAGCAACUUGUUCAGUGCUCGGUGGCUGGAGAGCACGUAUGACAAGAAACAAGAAAAUGUCAGAGACAUCAACGCGCAAUCCGACAUCCCGAUGACCACCGGCCACUAUCUGCGCGCCAUGACGAAGCUCACGAACCAAUGGACUCCUACCAACUUCCGUGGCGAGCGACGACAGAGACUCUACCUCAAAGACAUCGACUGCCCGCCUGAAUGGCACGAUCACCUCAAGAAGAUUAUCCCGCCAAAUGUGUUUUACAUGAACGACAACAUCAGCGACAUGCCUUCCACUCAUCAGAAUAAUGACAGCGACAUUUUCGGCGCCCCGGAAAGAACAAUAGCAGUGGCGGGAGACCUCAUGAGCAGCCUACCUGAAGAGAUGCGAGCGCAAAAUCUCAUGUGUUAUAUAGGACACGAGGGUACAUAUACCCCCGCCCACAGGGAGAUGUGUGCCAGUCUUGGACAGAAUAUCAUGGUAGAAGCCUCAGGCGACCAGGACGGCGAAAAGCCUGGAAGCUCGAUCUGGUUCAUGACCGAGACGAAAGACCGCGAAGUCGUCCGGGAGUACUUCUUGUCAAUGCUUGGGCAUGAUAUUGAGAUCGAGAAACAUUUUGCCCAAGUCAACGCCUGGAAGAAGGCCAACUUUCCCGUACAUGUUGUGGAGCAAAAAGCGGGCGAUUUCAUCCUCAUUCCCCCUUUGGCACCACAUCAGGUAUGGAACAGAGGCACACGUACCAUGAAAGUAGCCUGGAACCGCACAACGGUCGACACGCUUGGUCUUGCCUUGCAGGAGGCUCUGCCGAAAGCGAGACUCGUGUGCCGCGACGAACAGUACAAGAACAAGGCCAUCAUUUACUUUACAUUGGAGAAGUACUACAACGAGCUCCAGACAUUCGAUGAAAGCACCGAAAAUGAAUGGCUGGGCCUGGGUCAGGAUUUGCUCCAAACCAACGCACGAUCCAAGCGAAUGCUUGCCGACUUCAAACGGUUAUUCCGCCUAUUCACCGAUGUUCUCGUCAGCGAAAUGUUCGGGCAAAAACAGGCAAACGUAGAACAUAUACCAUACGAUUCCAACAUUACUUGCUCUUACUGCCGGUCGAACAUCUUCAACAAGUUUCUCACCUGCAAGCACUGUGUUCGCCAGCUGAUCAAUGGCGACGAGGACACCUACGACAUCUGUAUGGAGUGCUACGCGAUGGGGCGGUCUUGCAUCUGCAUCUCGGGUUUGCAAUGGUGCGAGCAAUGGAACUGGUCCGACCUUGUGGAGAAGCACGAAUUGUGGCGUGCCAUGAUCAUUCAGCAAGAGGGGUUUAUUGACAUCAAUAACUCACCUCCGCCUCUUGAGGUUGCGAAGGGACUAACCUACAAAAAGACCGUGGCCCAGAUUUGCCAGGAGCAGCUCAAAAUACGACCCUGGAAUGACAUUUCCAAGCCUGUUGAGCAGCAGGCACCUGAGUCGGAGCCCGAGCCCGAGGUCGAUGAUGAUGGCCGGGUCAAGAAGCGAAAAUACAAACGAAAGGCCAAGAAAGGAGAGGUCUACAAGUGUCAUACCUGCAUCCACAAAGACAACACUUGGAAGCUCCAAUACUGCACCACCUGUUCUGAGGCAUACUGUUAUGGAGUUUUGUGGCGAGCGUUCGACAUUAUGCCCCAGACUGCCAUGGAAGCGGAGUACUGGCAGUGUCCCAAGUGUCUGGGCUAUUGCAAUUGCGGUGCUUGCAGGCGUAGUGGCAACACGCAGCCGUACAUCCCCAAGAACACACUUCUGGGCCAUGACACACGCCCGGUCGCGGAUGAUCGCAGUGUAGAAGCUGUUGUGGACUUCCGCCUUCACAAUCUGAAUUGGCUCAAGGCCAAUGGGGAAGAGAACCGCAGCAAGGACACAAAGCGUAUGCAACGUCUGAAGGAGAAGGCCGAUGCCGCAAAGUCUAAGGAUCUGAUGGAAUUGGAAGCCGCAGGUCGGGAGGUCGCUGGACCCGACGGCAUCGCUACCGGCGCUGGCGAUGAAUCAGAUGAUGGAGCCGAGCAUGAAUUAUCGCGGCAUGACCAGUCCACUAUCGCCCACAACAACGGCAUGGGAGCACCUGAGGGUAUGGUUCCAGUGGCCGAUAUGUCGGCGCCGUGGGAUCAGACUGGUGCAGAUCCCGACGCGUCUAGCUAUCCCGACCCGUCUAAUUAUCCCGACCCCUCAAUCAUGACCAAUGGGCGCAUGAUGGGAAUGGGCUUUUAUGACCAAGAUGAUAGUGAGAACCGGAUCCUCUUCGACGCUUUCGACGCAUCCCAGGUCCCAAACCUUGACCCUGCGAACAACGACUCGCAGAUGUCCGAGUACAUCAAGAAAACUCUUCGGUUGGCAAAACGUCGGGCCCGACUCAAUCAAGAAGACGACCCAGACUUCCGCGCGCCGAAGAGGAGUUACCACAGAAAGAAGCCAGAGAGCGGCAAUGUAAGCCAGCUCGCCAACCUGGACCCUGCCCUGAUGGACGCUUUGGGCGAUGCGACAAUGACUCCCCAGAGUGAUGGGACCCCAGCGCCGGUCACAAACCCGGCUGCAGCCCAAUCUCUCAUCACAACUACAUCUGCUGAAGGCACACAGCUGGUUCAGCCGGUACAGCCAGCAGAGCCGGCACAGCUCAAACAGCCCAAACAGCCCCUGCCCAUAGAUCCUCUCAAGCCUACUUUGCGUCACGCAAAGCCGCGAGCUUCUUACCUCGAUCCUGAAGAGCCUGUGGACGACCCUGACGACAUCGUGCCCAACAGACCAUAUACUCGCGCACCAAAGCCACCCGCCACGGCCAUUGACGUGUCAGCUGAAGCAGUGGACCUGGCAGCUGAUGCGGUGCUUGGGUUGGGCUCAGCGCCUGCUCCAAACGGUGAGAUCCCUGCCAUUGCGGCAGAUCAACCUGUCACCCGGAAGCGCGGUCGGCCGCCUGGGCCGAGACGUGGUGUGCCAACCGAGAGCGACGCUGUGCAAUCUGCAACACCAGGGCCGGUUGCGACCCGCCCAUCCCCGGAAACCCGGAAGCGCAUGCGACUUGAACGUGCGCAGGCGGGCGGUGGAGAUGUUUCAAUGCAUGACGAAGAUGAUACCGAUGCCGAGGCCGAGUGGCAAGCUGUUGCGGGUGGCCGUUCCGGGGAAAAUGGCGACUCGGAUUCUGACUUCAGACGACCGAAGACACCGCCCGCAACAUCUACGGGCAGACGGAGAGGGCGCCCUCCAAAGGCAAAGCCCGUGCCGCCUGUAGUCGAUGAUAACUCGGAGGAUGAGCUUCACGUGGUUACGCCUCCGCCACCUCGCAGACGUGGCCGACCACCGGGAAGGAAGUCUGAGCCAGUGGCACCACUUGCGGUAGAAGCGCGGGAUAUGCAGUUCCUCUCCAUGGCGGAAAGAAUGGCCCUCAAAGGCAAGAAGAUCAAGAUCCGGGGUCGUAAGUCGAUGCCGGCCACUACUCAGAGUCCAUCUACAGCGAACCAGGUCGACUCGCCAAGGGCCUCAACACCCGAGCCAACAGAGAUCCCCACCAAGAGUUCCUCUGAAAAGUUGGUUUCGGUCUCUGCAGAGAGGGACGCAAACGUCAUUGUGGCUCAACCUGUCGCAUAUUUGUCUGACGAGGAGGGCAACUCCUCAUCAAGUGCUUCUUCCAUCGCGGCAGAGCCAACACCGCGGCGCAGAGCCGGUCCUACAGUCGUCCGCUUGGACUUGUCGGAUGCUGAAGACGGAUCGGAUAGUGCUUCGGUCAGUAGGGGUAGUGAUAAGGCAACAUACGUUGCAACACGGGGCCGUGGGCGAGGACGAGGACGUGGGCGAGGGGUUGGCAGGGGCAGAGGAAGAGGCAGAGGGCGUCCACGGGGCAGUUGAGCCCAUUCUGCAAUGACGAGUCCUUACCGCAUGAUUGAUGGUUUUUGUUUGUCUGGCUUCUUUCUAUAUGGAUGAUACCCAGAGUCAGGCUAUUGUGGCGUAAUUAGAGCAUGUCGGACUCACAGCGUUUGUCGUAUGAAUACAGGCAGGUGGCAAUUGAGCAUCAUGUCAUUAUUUUGUAGUGCUCAUUAGGGACGUGGCCUGCAGCAGUGACCCAGACCUUACGCUUGUGAUGUACUUCUCCCCUUGAUAGGCCCUGACAGCAUACCAGUGUAUUUACGGAUAGAGAAAUUGUG